GGGGCAGCGAAGGGGGAGAGACGUGAGGAAGCGGGAGCUAAACCGAGCGCUGCCUUUCCCCGAGCAGAGCGCAGGCGUUCGCGGUCCGCCUCGCGGGAGAGGGAGAGGAGGAGAAGAGAGCGGUCCCGGUCCCGGGAGAGGGACAGGAGGAGGAGCCGUUCUCGCUCCCCGCACAGGAGACGGUCCAGGUCGCCGAGACGGCACCGAUCCAGCUCCUCCUCCCCGCCGCGGCUGAAGGAAAGGCGGGACGAAGAGAAGAAGGAGAUAAAGGAUUCCAAAAGCAAAGAGCGUCAGAUCACGGAGGCGGAUUUGCAGGGCGAGGAUUUGCAGGGCAAGACGGAAGAGGAGAUUGAGAUGAUGAAAACGAUGGGCUUCGCCUCUUUCGACACGACGAAAGGGAAGAAGGUGGACGGCGCCGCAAACGCGUACGCCAUCAACGUGUCCCAGAAGAGGAAGUACAGGUUUGUGCUCGGACUUUGGGAAAGGAAGCGCUCCCAAGGGACGCGCUGGGUUUACAGCUGCGCGGCGGCGGCCCCGGACGGCUUCAGCUUGUCGGUGGAGCAGGGCGGUGACCGAACAGCACCCCUGCAAGUCAUAGAAUCAUAG